CCAAAAAAAAAAAAUAAUAAUUCUAGGAGAUGUCUAGAAUCUAGCUAUCUAGAUCUACAUCUAGAUAAUCUAGAUUUAGAUUCUUAGAUCUAAGAAGGUUACAAAGACAGUUUGUGUGGAAACACAAACUCAAAAUCAACCCCCGAAGUGGUCCACCCAGGCAGAACUUGAUUUCAUGGACACUCAAAUCUAUUUAAAAAGAACCAUGACAUAGAAAAAAUAAAUAUUUAUGCUUACAAAAUAAUUUAGCCAACUGCGUAAGCAGAAUGGCUAAAUUAUAUAGUCAGCCAGGACUAAGACAAACAGCUUCUUUGUUGACACAAAAAUUUGCAUUAAAUCCUGUCAACACCACUUCAAUAAAAAUGCCAGAGGAUCCAAGUGGAAAGACAACAAAGGAAACCAUAUAUCUUUGGUGCUUUGAUCUGACGAAUCUCUCUCGCACCUGGCAGUUCAUGGUGUUAACAUCAUUAACUUUUAUAUUUUAUCUUGUUUAUGGAUACAUGCAGGAGCUUAUUUUUAAAUUAGAGGGGUUUGAACCAUUUGGAUGGUAUCUAACAUUGGUUCAGUUUGCCUAUUACACUCUUUUUGGAGUUGCUGAGUUGCAAGUGAAAGAAGAUAAACAGCGCAAAAUUCCAAUCAGGAUGUACUUGUUGCUUGCCUUUCUAACUGUUGCCACAAUGGGAUUGUCUAAUACUUCUGUAGGGUAUCUCAACUAUCCCACUCAGGUGAUUUUUAAGUGCUGCAAGUUGAUCCCUGUAUUAAUUGGUGGCAUUCUUAUACAAGGUAAAAAAUUCAGUGCCAUAGACAUCACAGCUUGCUUAUGUAUGAGUAUAGGCCUCAUUCUAUUCACUCUUGCUGAUAGUGCUGUAAUGCCAAACUUCAACACUUAUGGUGUUGUCUUGAUUUCUUUGGCCUUGUGUGCUGAUGGGGCUAUUGGCAAUGUUCAAGAGAAGACAUUGAAACAGUAUGGGGCAAGCAAUGGAGAAAUGGUGUUGUACUCCUAUAGCAUUGGAUUUCUUUACAUUCUUUUUGGUCUAGUGUUGUCUGGUGGUCUUUUACCUGCAUUUUAUUUCUGCCAAGAGCACCCUGUUGAAACUUAUGGCUAUGCUGUGAUAUUUUCUGUGACUGGAUAUCUAGGUUUAUAUGUUGUCCUUACCUUGGUGAAAUCAUUUGGAGCUCUUGUAGCUGUAACAGUAACAACUUGUCGAAAAGCAGUGACCAUAGUGUUGUCAUUUAUUUUCUUUACCAAGCCUUUCACUUUUCAGUAUUUAUGGUCAGGACUGGUUGUAGUGUUGGGCAUCUAUUUGAAUCUUUACAGCAAGAACAAAAACAGCUGGGAUGCAGCAAUGCUUGGAUUCAUGCACAAAUAUGGCUUAAUGAAAAGACGAAGAACUUUGGAACCUGAAAACAUUGUUUAAUCAUUUGUUCAUAUCAUCUCCGAAAAUUAUUUUAAUAGAGAUUAAAGAGACUUUUUUUUUUAAAGUCCUAAGCUCAAUAUCACUUCCUUAAAGUUAUUUGAUUAAUUUAACUGAAUAAAAGUAAUGUGACAGCGAAAACAAAAAAAAAGUAUUUUUAAAAAAUAAAUUUACGUGGCAUUAAUUAUUAUUGGAAAUCAAUUAGAAAAUCGUCAAAAAACAUCAAGACAAAGAAAGUUUUAACUUUAAAUUAAAUAAUUCUGUUCCAAUUUGUUCUUUCUCUAAAAUAAUAAGGUAUCUUUGUAUUAAUACUCUAUAAAAAUUUAUUGGUUGGAUUAACUUUGUGAUGUCCAAUACAAUUUUAAAUCUGUCCUGUUUGGUUACGUUUUGUGUUGAAGGAAAUAAUCUCUUUUGGUGGUUUAUAAAACUUGUUACUUUAAAAUUGGGUGAUUGACUUAGGUGCUAAUGUUGUACCUUGGGAAUUAAUAAAAUCUCAGUGCCUUUCAAACCAUAAGAAAUGUUUUAAUUGCUUUGACUGAAAAUGUCAACUAAUGUAAAGCCUAAAAUUAGUUCAAGUAUGCGAUGUGUGGUCUACAAUUAUUUAGUAAUGAAAUCUUUCUUUAACUCAAAUGAACCUAUUUUGUAAGAAUCUUGUUUAACUUAAUGUGAAGUAAACACUGCUUUAUGAAAUUUUCGUCUGUGAUUACUCUUCGUUAGAUCGACAUUGGCCCUUUUGGUUUAUUAGCUUUACAAUAUGCACAUUGAUUAUCCCAUACAACUACCAAUCCUUACAGAAAUAUUUUUCACUGUUUGCGGUUUACAGAGUGGCCAAGAUAUUACCAUAGAAUAACACAGCUUUUUACAUCUUGAAAAAUUUAUUCUGGUGCUUAAUUUAACUGCAAAAGUAUGCCACAGAAAAAUAUAUUUAAAAAAAUUUUUUUUGUUCUAUACCAGUAUUUAAAAAAAAAUAUGUAGUUUUUACAAAGGCUUUUUAUGAAUGAUAAAUAGCCACAUGUACAAUCUUAAGUCUUCUGAAAACUAUGUAUUUUUUCUUAUGCACAACAACAUGCCUUUUAGGCUUGAAUAAGAAAUGAAUGAAUAAUAAUUAUAAAAAAUAUAUAUAUUAUUUAUUUGCUGUAUUGUUAGAUUUCAUUAGUUUUUGUUAGCAUCUUUUUAAAUGUCAAUAUUUGUAUGUUGAUUUUAUAAAUUGUCCUUUUUGAGGGUUAAAACCAUUAAAUAAUCAUGUGGGUUUAUCAUAUAUCUAUAAUAAAUUGAAAGAUUUAUCUUUCAAAUGAUA